AUGUCGACAUCCGGCAACAUGCCCUUCAUUAAGAAUGAACCCGACGAGUUCGGCAACGAUCCCAAUCGCUUUAUGCAGAACCAGGGUUUCGCAAAUGGGGCUUUCGACAGCAACUACUUCAAUGAUCAGCAGGGCGGCAGCAUUGACCCUUCUGCGCUGAGCAUGUCCGGUGGCAACUACAACAACAUGCAACAGUACGGUUUCGGCUCCCAGAAUAUGUCGUCUAGCUUUAAUUUGGGCACAUCCGGGUUCGAUGACAGCGAGCUCAUGGAAAGCCUCGAUCCCACCCGAAUGGACGACUUCAACCAUCUGCCACCCAACAAUCACCAGCCACGGUCCAACCACGCCAUGCCAGUGAACAGCCACGCCCAGGUCUUCUCAAGCACUCCCGAUGGUGCACCAAUCCAGAGUCCAUACCUUGGGCAGCCCGAUUACAGCCACUUCAGAAACCUCAAUUCUCUGCCACAACAUCUCUCGCCGCUCCAGACUCCGCAGUAUAUGACCGGCAAGAGGCCAAGUAUGCAAGCUCACCGUAAGUCAUCAGACCAGCGGAGCCCGAUGACGCCACGUACCGCUGCUAUGCAAGGUCUUCACAUUGGUACUCCCGAGUCUGGCAGCUUAGCUAACGGCCGGCCCGUGCGCACAGAAAGCAUGCAAAACCGACAUAUGAAGACAAUGUCCGGCCAGUACGACAGUACGCCAGGAAGCCUGCAUUCUUAUCUCGAUUCUCCGCUGUCUUCGCCCGGUGGAAAGUCAAUGCAACAUCCUGGCAUUGGCGAAACUAUUGGCGCCGCCUCUCUCCCGACCAAGGUUGAGAAUGGCCACAAUACCAGCAACCAGGAGUCAUUAGAGGCCAAGAAGAGAAGGAGGAGAGCAUCCCACAAUGCUGUGGAGCGAAGACGGCGUGACAACAUCAAUGAGCGCAUUCAGGAUCUGUCUCAUCUGGUUCCGAUGCAUCGCCUGGAAGACGAUAAGGUCAAGAAGCAGCUUACCAGUGUUGGGCCACUUUCACCAAGCAUGGGCGCGACAGGCAUGAGUCCACCGAAUGCUGCAACUUCGCUCCUUGCUGGGGCUAGUGGCCGGCGAGCGGCAAGCACGGCUGGCAACAUCACCAUUGGGCUCCCCGUGGAAGAUCGCGAAAAAGGGCCUAAUAAGGGUGAUAUUCUCAAUGGGUCUGUCAGUUGGACUCGCGACCUCAUGUGGGCACUGCAUCAAAAGUAUAUGCAAGAGGAGGAACUAGCUCAGUUGAUUACGCAUCUGGGAGGGCAGUGGCCAUUCCAAUUGACCGACGACGAGAAGCGCAUGCGCAGUGAGGUGAUGGAAGCCAUCGAAAAGAACGGGGUUGAAACCUUUUCGUACUCACGGACGGAUGGCUCUGGCUUACGCGUGCCUAAGCACACCACCCUCAACGGUGACAAGCUCCAGACUAGCAACUCUUCAAUGAGCCCGCAAUCCAACUUCGAGCUCAGCCCGGGCUUCCAUAGUGGCGGCAGUGGCACCAACAGUGGAAGCAACGGUCCAGGCCAACCCCAGUACUGGCAUUCUGCUGGCCAUGGCGGAAUCAGCUUCAAGGAGGAGGACGAGAACAUGGAUCUGUGA